UCUAUCAGUGAGAACUUGAAAACGAAGUUAAAAAUUAAUCCACACAGCCAAACCCAGGCUCUAUGCUCUGAGAAUAUAGGAUCAAACUUGUGCUGUCUGGCUGCUACGUGGCUCUCCAUUUAUCCCUGUGAAACCCAGCAGAAUUAUUUAAAAGGAAAGAAGGGAUGGAAACUCCCUCUUUCUUCAAGUCAGGAUUGUGGUCUAGGGCUUAAAAUACUGGUUUAAUGGUGAAGAUCAAGACUUGAGAGGCCACUGGUGCCAAUGGACACUGGAUGAUUGUCACUUCUCCAAGGACCAUGAAAAGGAGAAGAUGACUGAAGUUGCAAAUAAGUUUGAAGGCAAGAAAUUGUGUGGGCUUGUACAGAUUACCUGACAUGUUGCUGUCAUUGCAUAGCUAAGAAAAGGGACCCAGGGAGAUUUUCGUUAGCAGCUGUGAAUUCUAUGAUGGAAUGGCAGAAGGAAAAAGACUCAGUGAAGAUAAAAGGCUGUGCGUUAAAAGAGGUUCGGGGCAUAGGAAACUCCACUGCAAAGUGUGGUACCAUUUCCUAGAGAAGCUAAAUGGAUGAAAAGCCUACCACAAAAAAAGGUCCAGAUUUCUGUUCAUUACGCUAUGGGCUGGCUCUCAUCAUGCACUUCUCAAACUUCACUAUGAUAACCCAGCGUGUGAGUCUUAGCAUUGCAAUCAUUGCCAUGGUGAACAGCACCCAACAACAUGGUCUCUCAAAUGCUUCCACUGAGGCACCUCUUGCAGACACCCUCAAUAACCUCAGCAGAUCCAUAGAAGAAUUUAAUAGAAAAGUCUCUGUAUAUCAAUGGAGCCCAGAGAUUCAAGGUAUCAUCUUUAGCUCCAUCAACUAUGGGAUAAUAUUGACUCUGAUCCCAAGUGGAUAUUUAGCAGGGAUAUUUGGAGCAAAACAUAUGCUUGGUGCUGGUUUGCUGAUCUCUUCCCUUCUCACCCUCUUUACACCAUUGGCUGCUGACUUUGGAGUGACUUUGGUCAUUGUGAUUCGUACAGUCCAGGGCAUGGCCCAGGGAAUGGCUUGGACAGGUCAGUUUACAAUUUGGGCAAAAUGGGCUCCUCCACUUGAACGAAGCAAGCUCACCACCAUUGCAGGAUCAGGGGUAGCAUUCGGAUCCUUCAUCAUCCUCUGUGUGGGAGGAUUAAUCUCACAGGCAUUGGGCUGGCCUUUUAUCUUCUACAUCUUUGGUAGCACUGGCUGUGUCUGUUGUCUCCUGUGGUUCACAGUGAUUUAUGAUGACCCCAUGCAUCACCCUUGCAUAAGUGUCAGAGAAAAGGACCACAUCGUGUCCUCACUGGCUCAACAGUCCAGUUCUCCUAGACGAUCUGUCCCCAUAAAGGCUAUGGUCAGAUGCCUUCCACUUUGGGCCAUUUUCUCGGGUUUUUUCAGCCAUUUCUGGUUAUGCACCAUAAUCAUAACAUACCUACCAACGUACAUCAGUACUGUGCUCCAUGUUAAUAUCAGAGAUAGUGGGGUUCUGUCUUCCCUGCCUUUUAUUGCUGCCUCAAGCUGUACGAUUCUAGGAGGUCAGUUGGCAGAUUUCCUUCUGUCCAAGAAUCUUCUCAGAUUGAUCACAGUGCGAAAACUCUUUUCAUCCCUAGGGCUCCUCCUUCCAUCACUGUGUGCUAUGGCCCUGCCCUUUGUGGUUUCCAGUUACAUGACAACCAUUAUUUUGCUGAUACUUAUUCCUGGGACCAGCAACCUGUGUGACUCAGGGUUUAUCAUCAACACCUUAGAUAUUGCCCCCAGAUAUGCAAGUUUCCUCAUGGGAAUUUCAAGAGGCUUUGGACUUCUCGCAGGAAUAGUCUCCUCUACUGCCACUGGAUUCCUUAUCAGUCAGGAUUCUGAGUCCGGAUGGAGAAAUGUCUUUUUCCUGUCUGCUGCUGUCAACAUGUUUGGCCUGGUCUUUUACCUCACAUUUGGACAAGCAGAAAUCCAGGACUGGGCCAAAGAGAGGACUGUCACUCGCUUCUGAGGAUCUAGAGUUCCAAACUUAAAUACAGUACUGAGUGUUAACUUUUCAACAUUUUUUGCUUAUACUAUUCUUCCUUUAUAUUUUUGAGCAUAGACUCAGCAGUUCUUAACUCUGUUUCUGUGUUAGAGUUUCCUGGGGAACCUCUAAAAUAUACUGAUGACUGAGAUCCCAAAUGAAUUGGUGUGGAGUAGAGCCCAGAGACCACGAAUUUUUAGGUAUUCCAUAGGGUUUUUUAACAUGCAGUCAGGGUUGAUAAUUGCUGGACAAACUUGAAAAGUCAAUUCCUAUUGCCUUUAAAUUUGCCUCUUCAGAAACUUAAUUAAAGCUGAAUAAAAAUCUAUGUGAAAAUAAUCACUGAUAAAUCCCUUCAUGGGGUGAUUAUUGAAUACAGAGAAGAUAGGUUGGGAAUUAUAACAGAAUUUUAAAGCUAUAAUCCAGAGAAUCAACAUUUUUAUUGUUUUUUUAUACAUUGUAAAACAUGGAUGUUUAUUUAUGUGGUUAAAUUCUAUUAAAAUUACAUGCUAAAAUUAAAUAGACAAUUUUUAAUUAUUUAGAUUAGGUUAUUGCCAUAAGAUAAAACUGAUAUUUACUUAUCCUAGCCAUUGCAGGAGAUUAACAAUGAGAAAAUGACCAGGGAGAGAUUAAAUGAAUGAGGUUAUCUAAAGGACAGUGAAGAUAGAAUUGGAAAGUUUUUACUGUGAGAAGAAUGGAGGUAAAGGGAGGCAAUGUGGACACUUCCAGGAGGAAUAGAAAUAUAGUUUAGAGAGACACCAUAUGGUGAAAAUUAAAGGGAGAUAACAGAAGCACUUUCAAGUGAAAUGACAAUUGACAUGAGGGAGAAAAAUACUGAAGGUAUAACAAGAGAAAACAGGGCCUAAAAAGUCACCACAUAUGAGUCAUAACUUAUGUUCAUUUUGAGCAUAAAAAAAGAUCAUUUGACCUUCUUCAUACUUUCCUUACUUGCCCAAGAUACUCAAAUAGGCACUAUCAACCCUAGCAGGAAUUUAUUCUAGCUCCUUCCACUUAAAACACAUCCUCUGUUGUCUCCACGCAUAGAGCUGAUUCUGGUUUUGCCACUUUUCUAAAGAAGUUUCUACCAUAUUUAAAAUUCUAAUGGAAGUACUAUGUCAAGAACCUCGACAUCGAGCUAAUUUAGCAAGUAAAGAAACUCUCCACUGCACAUCAACAAGUAUACUUGAGCAGUUGUUUUUAGGAAAACAGAGUGUCAGAUCCUGAGUGUGAUACUGCGAUGAGAACAGUGGCCCUGCCUUCUGGGUAUUGACAAUACAGGGAAAGGGAGUUUGUAGAAAACUAAAAGAAGGGGGGGAAAAGAGCGAGGUAGCAUAAUGGUUAGGCAAAUUACAUAUAGACAAAAGAUAACCCACACACAUAAGGAAAGACAACCCAAUAGAAAAAUGAACAAAUGUCUUGAUAGGAGCUUCAUAAUUUUACGUGAAAUUUUAAAGGGCCCAACAACAUAUAAAAAUAUAUACAACUUCAUUAGUUAUUACAGAAAUGAAAAUCAAAACCAUAAUGAGAUAUACCAUAUACUUAACAGAAUGAAAGAAGAUGGAAAACAGAAAAUAUUAGCAAAAGUGUAGGGCAACUGGGACUUUUAUAUACUAUAAAUGUGAGUACAAAUUAGAACUUUGGAAAGUUGCUUGACAAUGUCUCCUAAAGCUAAAUGUACAAUUCCAAUGACUUAGAUGUUUCACUUAGAAAUGCACAUAUACAUUCAUAAAAACAUGUACAUCAGUGUUCCCAGGAGCAUGAUCUAUAAUAGCUGAAACAAGAAACAACUAAAUUGUUUGCUGAGUGAAGAAUAAAUUAAAAUUUAUUUAAAUAAAUAAAAUUAUGAUUUAUUUUUAUAGCAAUGAGAAUUAACAGACCCCAGUACACAACACCACAGAUGGCUCUCAUGAACACAAUAUCAAGUGAAACAAGUCAAAGGAUACAUUCUUCUAAGGUUUACAUAGAGUUUUUAAAAACAUAGAAAACUGAUCUUUCCUGUUAAAAAUCAAGCUAGUGGGCUGGGCACAGUGGCUCACACCUGUAAUCCUAGCACUGAGGAGGUCGAGGCAGGUGUAUAGCCUGAGCUCAUGGGUUUGAGACCAGCCUGAGCAAGAGCGAGACCCCGUAUCUAAAAAAUAGCCUGGAGUUGUGAUGGGCACCUGUAAUUCCAUCUACUUGAGAGGCUGACGCAAGAGGAUCACUUGAGCCCAAAAGUUUGAGGUUGCUGUGAGCUGAGAUGCCAUGGCACUCUAUGAAGGGUGACCAAGUGAAACUAUGUCUCAAAAAAAAAAAAAAAAAUCAAGCUAGUGAUUUCCCUUGAUGAAAGUGGGAAUCAUGACUGGAUGGGGUUGCCUAAGAAGGGUUCCUGGGAUAUUGGUAGUAUUUUGUUUCUUGACAUGGGUGCUACUAAUAAAGAUGUGUUUACUUUAUGAAAAUUGUAUAUUUAUGAGUGUAUACUUUUAUGUAUGUAAAAUCUAAAACAUUUAUUUAAAACAAAUUUAAAAUUUCAUUCAUUUCAAACCUCUGUCGGUGCAACUUGAGGCAAAUUAAUAACACCUAUUCAGUCCAUAUUGCAUUGAACUGAGGGAACCCUGGGAGACCAACAUCUCAAGCCCUCCACAUGGGGAGACAAGGGUGAAGCCCCUCCUAAAGAUCCUCAUGGCUUUUAUUGAAGUCAGGCAAUGAGAAAAUACAGUGGAAAGCUUCUAAGAGGGUAAAGGUUACAAAACAAGUUUAUGUUUAGUUGCAUGAUUGAACUCUUAACACAUUCUGUUUACUGCACUUCUGUCUUGCAUUUUUCUUAUCAAUGCUAAAUAUGAUUUAGGACUGAAACAGUAUGCUAUGUCCAGUGAGUAUUGUUUUUAGUACUUGGGCCAGCAGUAUGCUUGGCAUUUUCCCAGAUUAUUGUCCCUAGUGCCUAGCACGUUUAACCCUAUCUUCUAUCCUACACUUCUGUUCUCUCUAUUGACUUAUGUCUCAACCCUGGAGCUGUUGGGAAUGGCUCUUUGUCCUCUGCUUUUAUGUUCUUCUUGUUCUCUCUCCACUCCUCCUU